AUGGUUACCUGUAGGUAAGAUAUGUUGAAUAAUAAAUAUCUGUCACCUCAGAACAACAUUGCCUGCAUUGGAAAGUCGGUGCUAAGAAUACGUUUACCCGGUGUAGAUAUAUUCACGUUUAUUAAAAGAUUCUUGGAACUAGCGAUUGUGGUAUUAUGAAUAGUCAUGUUAUAUGACGCGGAAGAUUAUAUGUCGACUGCGCUACGCAUAUAUGCUCAUUAUCUAAUGUAGAAUGUAUCAUGACUAUAGUUGGCCCUUUAUCUACGUAGUCAUGUCAGCUUUACAAGGUGGUACAAAGUCAGUUGCGUGAAACACAUAGGCCAAUCAUUUCAACUGUCAGAGUAGGCAGUGGUGGUUUAGUCUCCUCGAACACCGUCACUCAACGUUACCAGGAGUUGACUGUGGUACUAAACAGGCUGUUCGAAGUACGUCUCUCAAGACACUGGAAGGUCAGCACCAUGCCAAACAGGAAGGGACCUCGAACCAAACCACAGAGACUCGAAAGAGUGUACGGGCUGUUUGAGUGUCAGAGAUGUAAAUUCCGCUGGGGCGAUGAUGAAGUACGUCGUUACGAAGGGACGCACGAGGUAUUAUCUCCUGCAAAGUGUAAGCUAUGCGGAGAGAUGAAUUUUCUUCACACAACUGAGCGUCUGGUGCAGGAUAUCCGUGAUCAGGUGAGCAGGAGCAGGAGCGUGGGUCUCUGCUACAAUCCCUCUUACAGACCAGACCAUCAUUCCUACAGCUCUGGAAGCGACAAUGAACACCACUACGACGACAUCUAUGAAGAUCGUCAACAACCGAAACACAACAAGAAGCUCGAAAGACGCAACGAUGGCGACGAAUGUCAUCAACCACGGAGACGAGGGGCCAAGAGAAACAAAGAUAACAAUUACGAUUAACACCGGAUGUGGUGAUGUGUACGGACCUUACUCUUUAAGUUUUAAAAAUAGAUUUAUCGUAAAUUUAAAACAAAACUGUUUCAAGUUUUUCCCCGUAGUAUGUGCCCAGUUCAGACCAAUUCCAGGCUGUAAUAAAUAAAAAUAUUAAAAAAUAAAAAAUGAAUAAAC